CCGAGUCAUACCAACCACAUAUACCGAUUACACUGCUCUCGCUCUCUCUCUCUCGAUGAAUUCCUCCCAGGAAAGCUUCUUCAAAUUCUCUCUUAUACCACUCUCGUGGUCUCGUGUCUAAUCAAUCAGAACUGGCUCUGUAUGCAAGUAGCUUCUCGAGUUCUUGAUCUGGAAAAGGGUGGGAACUUUGAAGCUUGCAGUUCUUGGCAAGAGGCAUAAAUGGGGAGGAUAAUGGAAUGGGCAGCAAAAUCUGAUCACUUGGGAGGAAUUCCAAGGAAAACUGUGAUAAUGGCUGUUGGUGCGUUUGCGAGAGCGGUAGCGAAUCUUUGCAACAAAACCACAGUUCACAAUGCAGAUACUCUUAUGACUCUUGUCCGGUCACGACCACCCGGUGUUCCUCUCAUCACUGUUAGUAAUCACAUGUCGACUUUGGAUGAUCCAGUAAUGUGGGGAGGGUUCAAGGGUCUUCUUUCCUUAGAUCCAGAGUUGGCUCGAUGGGUUCUUGCUGCAGAGGACAUAUGUUUUAAGAACCCUAUCUUCUCCUACAUAUUCCGCACUGGCAAAUGUAUACCUAUAACUAGAGGUGGUGGAAUCUACCAAGAACACAUGAAUGAAGCUCUCCAGCGACUAAAAGAUGGAUCUUGGUUGCAUACCUUCCCAGAGGGCAAGGUGUUUCAAGAAGAUGUGCCUAUAAGACGACUUAAAUGGGGAACGGCAAGCCUCAUCGCCCGUUGCCCAGUUACCCCAAUCGUCUUGCCAAUAAUUCACCGCGGUUUUGACAAGAUGAUGCCAGAGAACUAUUUCAACGGAAGAAGGCCACCAUUACCGCUGUGGAACAAAAACCUUCAAGUCGUGGUUGGUGAACCAAUUGAGUUUGAUGUUCCCAUGAUGGUUGAGACCGCUGUCUCGGCCUCACGCCAUGUAACGGCUCCUCUUCAAGAAGCCAAAUGGCCUGUCCUCUCUUCUGCUGGUCAUAAGCUAGACGAAACCGCUCAGAGAUGUCUCUACACAGCUCUUUCGGAGAAGAUUCAAUCCUCACUGGAAACAUUACGACUCUUAGCCAAGCGGUUGUGACUUCUGCCUGGAUGCUUCAGAUCAGAAUCCGGUCCACAAUUUUUUAGGCUCCGGUUUAGAUCCGCAAAUGGUAUUCAAUUAUAUGAUGAACUUGAUUGUCUGAAGCUGAGAGUGAAACUUUAACAACUAGAGUUUAAAUAACUCGCAUCUUAAUAAAUAAGAAUCGAAUGUAGAGGAAAAAAAGCUCAACAAAAACGUGACAUUUGUGUGAUCAUUGAAAA